CUGUUAUAAGAGAUCUAUCCACCAGUUGCUAUUCUGUUAAUGGUUCUUGGAUUCUUAAAAACAAGGAAAAUAAUAUUAAUUCUUCUCCUACAGGAGUUUGAGACUGUGAGGAACAACAAGGGCCACAGGAUCCUUAAGGAAAGGAAUGGUAAUGUUCCUGGUGAAUCUCCAGUCUCCAGCAAGCGCAAGAGGGAUGAAAAGGAUUCAUCCUCAUUGACAACUAAAGUGCCACGAUUUAUGAAUCGACUACUUCUUACAACUGAGCAGAAACGAGUACUAAGCAUAGUACAGUCUGGCAGGAAUAUUUUCUUUACUGGCAGUGCAGGAACUGGUAAGAGUUUUCUCCUAAAGCGCAUAGUUGGUGUCCUUCCUCCUGAUGUUACCUUUGUGACGGCUAGCACUGGUGUGGCAGCCUGCCAGAUUGGUGGCACCACCCUUCAUGCAUUUGCUGUUUGGAGCACUCUUAACCUACACCUGUGCAUAGAAAAACUGAAUGCACAGGCAUAUGAAGUCUGUAUAAAUAUGCCCACGGAGAAAGCUACAAAGGAUAUAGGAGGAUAA